AUGGCGAGCAACGGCAACGGCAAGGCGGCGCCGGCUGGCGUGGUGGUGCCGGAGAUCAAGUUCACCAAGCUCUUCAUCAACGGCGGCUUCGUCGACGCCGCCUCCGGCAAGACGUUCGAGACCAGGGACCCACGAACCGGCGACGUGCUGGCCCACAUAGCAGAGGCAGACAAAGCUGAUGUGGACCUGGCGGUCAAGUCCGCCCGGGACGCCUUCGAGCACGGCAAGUGGCCCCGCAUGUCAGGCUAUGAGCGGGGCCGGAUCAUGAGCAAGCUGGCGGACCUGGUGGAGCAGCACACGGAGGAGCUGGCGGCGCUGGACGGCGCGGACGCCGGGAAGCUGGUGCUGCUGGGCAAGAUCAUCGACAUCCCCUUGGCGACGCAGAUGCUGCGCUACUACGCGGGCGCCGCCGACAAGAUCCACGGCGAGGUGCUGCGCGUCUCCGGCAAGUACCAGGGGUACACGCUCAAGGAGCCCGUCGGCGUCGUGGGCGUCAUCAUCCCGUGGAACUUCCCCACCAUGAUGUUCUUCCUCAAGGUCAGCCCGGCGCUCGCCGCCGGGUGCACCGUCGUCGUCAAGCCCGCCGAGCAGACGCCGCUCUCCGCGCUCUACUACGCGCACCUCGCCAAGCUGGCCGGCGUUCCGGACGGAGUCAUCAACGUCGUCCCCGGGUUCGGCCCCACCGCCGGCGCCGCGCUCACCUCCCACAUGGACGUCGACAGCGUGGCCUUCACCGGCUCCACAGAGGUGGGUCGCCUCAUCAUGGAGUCGGCCGCGCGGAGCAACCUCAAGAUGGUCUCGCUGGAGCUCGGCGGCAAGUCACCGCUCAUCGUCUUCGACGAUGCCGACGUCGACAUGGCCGUCAACCUCUCGCGGCUCGCCAUCUUCUACAACAAGGGAGAGGUUUGCGUCGCGGGAUCGCGCGUGUACGUGCAGGAAGGGAUCUAUGACGAGUUCGUCAAGAAGGCCGUGGAGGCCGCGCAGAGCUGGAAGGUUGGAGACCCGUUCGAUGUCACCACCAACAUGGGUCCUCAGGUUGACAAGGACCAAUUUGAGAGGGUCCUAAAGUACAUUGAGCAUGGCAAGAGCGAGGGAGCGACCCUGCUCACCGGCGGCAAGCCCGCCGCCGACAAAGGGUACUACAUUGAGCCCACCAUCUUUGUCGAUGUCACGGAGGACAUGAAGAUCGCGCACGAAGAGAUCUUCGGUCCCGUCAUGUCCCUUAUGAAGUUCAGGACGGUUGAUGAGGUGAUCGAGAAGGCCAACUGCACCAAGUACGGGCUCGCCGCCGGCAUCGUGACCAAGAGCCUGGACAUCGCCAACCGGGUGUCGCGGUCGGUGCGCGCGGGCACCGUGUGGGUGAACUGCUACUACGCCUUCGACCCGGACGCGCCCUUCGGCGGGUACAAGAUGAGCGGAUUCGGCCGGGACCAGGGGCUGGCAGCCAUGGAGAAGUACCUGCAGGUCAAGAGCGUCAUCACUGCGCUCCCGGACUCGCCGUGGUAUUGA